AUGGCGCAACCACGACGCGAUGUGCCGCCUGUGCAACCCCUUAAGGCAUUCCCGACCGCGGCCUCUGUGAUUCAGGUACCGAAGAGGGGACAAGUCAUACCGGCGGGCGACCCCCUUUCCAUGUCACAAGGCGACGUUUCGCUGCCCUUUCGUCGGAGCAACCCCUCGGCUGCCUCCCUCUACGCCUCAACGCUCUCGCCGCCCGGCUCCCGAUCGAUGUCACCGUCCGGCCGCGGCUCGCCUUCGCAAUACCUCGCCAACACUGUCUUUGACGUAAGCCAAGGACGCGGUCUCCCCGAAAACGCCAGCGACAGCCCUGGAGAGCCUCUGAACCUGGUCUUGAGAGCCUUUGUCCCGCAUGUGGCUGUGUACCCGUCAGCGGAUACCGAAGCUCUCGUUCGCGAAAAGGGGUUCAAGAAUGGCCUGUGUGAACUGCUUCGGCCCUUCGGCGAGAGAAUAAACGGCAAGGUGAAUGUGCGAGAUAGCAAUGGCGUCAGCCGCAUAGCCGAGGACUUCUCCAUUCGCUUUACAAACCAAAGCGCUGAGACAGACGACGACAGCAUCCCACUGCCACGCAGUGAUUGGAUGACUGCGGCAGAAGAACUUUACGACAUUAAACGCAGCGAAGAUGACGAAGACUUUGACGAUCCAUCCCAGUACAUAUUCGAGUCUGAUGCAACUGCAAUUCGCACAUUCGUCAAAGAAAUGGUUACACAAUCCAUUGUACCCACAAUGGAAAGACACAUGUCUGUGUGGAAUGAUCAAGUUGCAUCACGGCGUAGAGGAAUUACCGGCAAGUUCAUGAACCUGUCACGCAAAUGGACUGGAUUUGGUGGCGGAGGUCGAACCUCUGUCGGCGGUGGUGCCAGUAGCAAGGACAUGUACGACCCUGCCGGAUUCUAUCACGCGACCGCUGCGGAAGCCAUCAUGCGAAAACUGGCCGACUUUGCCUUUAUGCUGCGAGACUGGAAGCUUGCUUACUCAACAUACGAUCUUUUGCGACCGGAUUUCAGCGAAGCAAAGGCUUGGAAAUACUACGCUGCGGCGAAUGAAAUGGCUGCAAUUAGUAUGCUCAUGAUGCCCCAGCAGCUGACCUCGAAAACCCGAUCAGAAACCAUCGAUCAGAUGCUCGAGUCAGCAUUCUACUCAUAUCAGACUAGAUGUAGCAGCCCAUAUGGUGCCUUGCGAAGCCUCACACUCGGCCUUGAGCUCUUACGUCUGAGGGGAGGCUCAAACGUCGACGAUGCUGGAAGAUGGGGGCUGCGCCUGCUCGAGUCCCGCAUCCCCGGCAGGGUGGGCGACGCUCUCACCAAAGAGCGUCUAGCGAUAUGCUAUGCCUCCAAGACUGGCAUCGGCAGCUGGAACUGGGGCAGCCGCCGCCGGAAGUCGGCCGCCUGGAGCGUCCUGGCUGCGGAGGCGUGGGCGGAGCAGUCCAAGUUCAUCCCCGCGCAACGCUGCCUCACCGAAGCGCAGAAGACGUACCGCCCACGGGAGGCGGAGGACGAAGCAACCACGCAAUUCGCCACUGCAAUGGCCUACGUGGACGGGCUUCAGCGCGAGCUCGCAGAUAGGCUUGGCCAUGCCGAUGAGGCGGCAGAUGAAUCGGCUUUUGAGGCGUCGCAGAGUGAUAUAGACGAGGAGAGCGAGGCUCUUACCGAUAUGCGCGCGCGGAGGCCGAGCACGAUUGCCCUCGGGGGACUAGAAACGGCGCCGCUUCGCACGGAGCAGCCAGAUGUGUCGGCUCCUGAUGCUGUCAGUCAAGAAGGCUUUGAUUAG